GCUUUCUCCCCUCCCUUUGUUCUGCUGAAAUCUUUUUCUUCUUCGAUUUAACUUAGAUAUUUGCUUCUGGCAUUCAUAUUUCAAUUUUUAUUUUCAACAUAUUUCUUGGUUAUGAAAUAAUCCAAAAAAAAAACCAGAGUGGUACACCGCUUAUCCUUCACUUCUGGGCUUCUUGGUGUGAGGCUUCAAAGCAAAUGGACAAAGUCUUUUCUCAUCUCUCCAUUGAUUUCCCCAACACUCACUUCCAUAGGAUUCUUCUUCUGUUCCCUUUUUAAUCUUCGAAUUUCCUUGUUUGAGAUUGAAUGGUUUUUUUUCGUUGUUUUUCUUCUUUGUUUCAUGAAAAAUUUGUUUUUUUUUUUUGCUUGAUGGGUUAUGAUUGUUGUUUUGCAGGUAGAAGCUAAAGAACAGCCUGAGAUAUCUGAGGAAUACUUGGUUUCUGUUGUGCCUUUCUUCGUCUUCUUUAAGGAUGGUCUGAUUUUUGAUAAAUUGGAGGGUACAGAUCCUUCCAGUCUCGCCAACAAAGUUGCCAAGGUUACUGGGUUUAUUAACCCAGGAGAAGUUGCUGCUCCUGCUAGUCUUGGGAUGGCUGCCGGCCCCACCGUCCUUGAGACGGUCCAAGAUUUGGCAAAGGUAAAUGGUUCAUCCCAGACAGGAAAUCAAGUGCAAACUGGUCUCGACGACAAACUUAAAAAAAAACGCUUACAUCCUUUUCUUUUCCUUGAUUUCUUUUUUUUUUUUCCUCGAGUAAUGAUUGCAGAGUUGAAGAAGUUGUUGCAUGCUGUGUUCUCACAAUUCGGAAAGAUAUUGGAUGUGUUAGGAUUGAAGACGCUGAAACACAAAGGUCAAGCUUGGGUUAUUUUCGAGGAUGUUAGCUCCGCUACAAAUGCUCUUAGGCGAAUGCAGGGCUUUCCCUUUUAUGACAAGGAGAUGGUAUAUGUAUUUUUGUAAUUGGUUCCUUGUUUCUGUCA